CUUAAUGUAUUUAUUUGUUUUAUUUUCUCGCAGCUAACACCGCCCGUAAAUGCAUUUUACCCACAUCGGUGGACGGCGGGCGGUGUUUUUCUAAGCUCCCCCCCCACCCACACCGUGUGUGUCGCGACAUCGAGACGCCCCCACCACCCCUCUCCUUUUUGUUCCUGUUGGUCUGUCCCAACGUCCCGAUCGUCCAGCUGAUCGCUUCGAGUGCCGUUCAAUGACUCCCGGUUCAAACUGAGCCGUUUUGUUUGACUUAACGGAUGGUUGUGUUGCGGCGGAGAGGGGCCGAGUUCGCCACCUUUUUUUUUUUCACCGACUUGUGGACUUUAAAAGAAGAAGAAGAAGAAGAAAGAAAGAAAAGAAGAAAAAAAGGACGGUUAUUUUUAUUUUGUUUAACUUGACGGUUGUGAUUUCUUCUUCUUCUUCCCUUUCCGCCUCCUCCUCCUCCUCCUCACUGAACGACUAGGCCCCGGACUCAUCCCCGGCCUCGAGUUUCCACAUCGGGGGCUUUUUUUUUUCUUUUUUUUUUUCUCUUCUCUCCUUCGGAAGUCAUGGGAGACACCAGUGAACGAAGCAAAGCUCAGAGUCUACCUCCCCGCUGUCCCUGUGGAUUCUGGGGGUCCAGCGACACCAUGAACCUCUGCUCCAAAUGUUUCACCGACAUCCAGAAGAAGCAGCCGGGGGAGGACUGCCCCUCCAAGCCCCUCCAGAGCACCGGGAGUAGCCAAUCGUCGGUCUUCAGCAGCGAGACGAGCAGCAGUAGCCACUCCCCUUUGUUGUCGUCGUUGUCGCCGCCCUCCGGCGCCGAGCAGCCGCCGACCGAAGAGCCCUCGCCCGCGUUUACCGGCACCAGGGACGGAUCGUCGUCCACAGAAACAGCCCAAGGCACUCACACACUCUGCACACCCACAAAACGUCCUCGAGAAUCAGCGUCGGGCUCCGAGUGCGAGGCGACGCCGGAGAAACGGUCGCGGGCGGACGACGAGGAGGACGAGGAGGAGGGUGGGGCCGGCGAGGAGGCCCGCGGGACGCCCAAGCAGAAGAACCGCCGGCGCUGCUACCGCUGCCAAACCAAACUAGAACUGGUGCAGCAGGAACUGGGCUCCUGUCGCUGUGGCUACGUGUUCUGCAUGCUGCACCGUCUCCCCGAGCAACACGACUGCCUGUUCGACCACCUGGGCCGCGGCCGCGAGGAGGCCGUCCUCAAGAUGGUGAAGCUGGACCGCAAGGUGGGCCGGUCCUGCCAACGCAUCGGGGAGGAGUGCUCCUGAUGGAGAGGAGGAGGAAGGAGGAAGGAGAGCUAGGAGGAAUGACACAUGGGGGGAUGGGGGAUGGGGGGAGGGAACCACUGUUGUAACAUCCUGCAUCUGCCCCCCCCCCGGAAGAUUCUGGAUCUGAGCUUGACGCCCCGUUGAUGUCCUCAACUUCCUGUGUUGGGGUGUCCGUUUUGGAGGGGGGGGGGGGGGGGCACGUUCAGUAUCUCUCUCACACACACACACACACACACACACACACACACACACACACACACACACACACACACAAACUUAACCUGACCCCCCUUCCCCCCACCUCCUGUCUUCAGAGGAAGGGAGACCGCAGAGACUUAUUCAGUUAGUUGUACAUUAUGCACAUGUCUAUCGCCAUGGUAUCCCCCCCCCCCCCCACACACACACACACACACACACACUAUUUAAUUUUAUUUUCUCAUUCAUGGAAAAUGAACAGGAGCGUUUGGCUGAACUGAUCCUGAUUAGUUUUCUUUCCCCCUCUCUUGGUCGAAGGGGUCCGGCUCUACCCCACCACCACUCCUCAGGUCGUCAUGGAGGGGUUGGAGUAUCAAACCUCCUCCUCCUCCUCCUCCUCCUGUAUUUAACGUCUUCUUCCACCUCCACGUAGGUCUGCGUGCAGCAUCCCUAGCCGUGCACGGUACCAGCAGCAGCAGCAGUGUGUGAGUGUGUGUGUGAGUGUGUGUGUGUGUGUGUGUGUGUGGUGAGGCUGUCCGAGGAUGCUCUUGUGGGCUGAGUUUUCUUUUUCCUUUUUUUAAACCCUUGUGAGGUCGUCGUGGCGAUCAGCUCCGUUUCUACUGCUUGACCGUGGAGGACGAUACAGCCAAUCCCUGCCUCUGCUCACAUGCCCCCCCCCCCCCCCCCCUUUCAAUCCACGGGGGGGUGCGACGGGAUGAAUCAGACAAUGAGUCCUUUGCUCCCCCACAAAAACCGCCACGUGUUCAUUUAGUUCAGUCGGGAGGGUAAAUGACGUACUGCCCCUUUAAAUUGUUCUUUAAUUUAUUUCUUAUUUAGUGUUUUGUGGGUAGGAUUCAGCCGUCACUCGAUUUUCAGAUUGGAGGAAAAAUAAUUCUUGAAAUGUUCUAAUUUCCUUUCUUUCUUGCGUCAUUUCUGCCAGCGAGCGCUCGAUAAAUCGAUCAGAGAUGGUGUUUUAUUUUUUAUUUUAAUUAUUUUUGUCCCACAGUUUAAAUCGGUGAUGUCAUAUUGAUGCGCAGCACGAGUGGAAAUGUGUGUUUUUAUUUUUUAUUUUAAGGCGAUUCAACUUGGAGAUUCAGUUCGGUUUUGAUAUUUUUCGUCAUAAACCUUAUUCAGGUGAGAUGAAAACGUGGACUUGAGACCCCUAACAGCGCCCCCUAGUGCCCCCCCCCCCUCUGGCUGCAGAAUUAAACCUGGAUUUGUUUUUAUUAUUAUUAUUAUUAUUAUUAUUAUCAUUAUUAUUAUUAUUUUUGGCCAUUGUUUGCGCCCCAGCUCGACUUGGACUCUGUGCUGUGCACAUGGUUCAGUUACACACACACACACACACACACACACACACACACCUUCCUCUCCUAAAGGUUUAUUCUUACCAAAAUCGACUCUUUUUUUUCUUUCUUUCUUUUUGAGAUAUAUAAUUAUUAGUUGUUUGUUUAUCAUUCAACGUACAGGUCGUGAUUUGUUUUAUUUCAGGCGUCUCUGCUUAAAACAAGAAAUGCAACGCGAUGUUGAAUUGUAUUUUUUUUCAUUUGUUUUUGGAAAAACAUGAAGUGGUAGAUUUAAUUAUUUUUCUUUUUUGCAAAUGAACUUUGGGGGGGGGGGAGGGGUUGAUUCUGGUGGGAGCCCUUAUAACCAGACACCACUUAACUAUGCUAAUCCUCAUGCACGAGUUAUUGUUUCGUCUUUUCGACCGAGAACAAGUUCCUUUUUUUGACAUUUUUGGAAAAACUUGUUCCUCUUUGUUUGAGUGCUGAUGAAAUGGAAUAUCUUUCUGUACUUUUUUUUUUGUUUUUUUUGUUGAGCAAAACAAUAUUUAACCUUAUAUCAGUUUGAGUUACUUACACCCUAGCAUAGAGUGGCAUAUUUAGUUAAAUGUAUAAAUAAAUAAAAAAGCAAGAACAUAA